CCCGCGCCUCGGAAAAUUCAAGGACUCUUCCAGCUUGUGUCAACUUUUUCCUUUCUCAUUUUUUUCGGGGUUGUUUUUUUUUUUGCACUUUUUGUUGUUGUUUAUGAUUUUUGUACUUUCGUGCAAGUUUUUCAAAAUGAAUAUCCCUGCUGCUGCUGCUGUGGCUCACGGGGCGCAUGAUGAAUAUUUAUUGAAAUUACCAAAGUUGCCGCUUGCCUCAAAUUGAAUUGUGUUGCCAACUUGGGAUAGCUGCACGCCCACUUACCGCCCCCGGCCCACGCUGGCUGUCUUAGUUUUAUGUUUUUUUUUUGGCAAAUUGUUAUUAAUAUUACACGUGUGCCAUUGAGUCGCUCUCUAAACCUAAUUACGACGUUUAAUUUAUGGCCACAAAUUGGCUUUCAAAUAAUUUGCCACACACUCGACAGACAGACAAUCGGCUAACGAAAUCCGCAUCUCUCAUUGUGGGCAGGUUCCCAAUUAACCAAAAUGCCGUUUGGCACGCGUCAGUUGCGUAUAAAAGCCGCAACAUUUUGGCCAAAUCAACAACAGUCGCAGCUCAGUCAGCCAGCCGAUAACAGUUUCAGUUUCCACACCCAGUAUCUAUCGCUUACCAUGGCCUUCCGUUACGUCAUCCUCGCCCUGUGCGCCCUGUUGGCCUCUGCCCAAGCUGGCCUGCUGACCAGCCAUGUGGCUGUGGCUAAUCCUUCCGUGGAUGCUGUGGCCUCCACGCAGCACAAUGUGGUGCGCUCCUUCGCCGGCACCGUCUCCAGCUACUCCAAGGCUGUGGAUACGCCCUACUCCAGCGUGCGUAAGUCGGACACACGCAUCCAAAACAAUGUCUACACGCCGGCUAUUGCCAAGACAACUUAUGCGGCGCCACUAUACACUCAGGCCACGCCCAUUGUGCAGAAGAGCGUGUAUGCUGCUCAAGCUCCCGUCCUGGCCAAGACCGUCUCGUAUGCUGCUCCAGCUCCCGUCCUGGCAAAGACCGUCUCGUAUGCCGCUCCAGCUGUCAGCUAUGCUGCUCCCGUCAAGACCGUCUCGUAUGCUGCUCCGGCUGUCAGCUAUGCUGCUCCCGUCAAGACUGUCUACGCUGCUCCUGCUCCUGUUGUGACCAAGACCGUGUACGCUGCACCCGCUCCCGUCGUUGCCAAGACCAUCUACUCUGCUGCUCCCGUGUAUGCCAAGUCGUAUGCCGCACCUGCUGUUAGCUAUGCCGCUCCACUGGCCACCACCAAUGUGAACCAUGGUCCAUCUGCCACCACCUACAGCCACAAUGCCCCAGCCCUAGGCGUCUCCAGCUACGGCAGCUCCCAGACGGUGCACUAUUCGCCCGCGGAGAGCGUCUCGCACAUGAGCUUCGAUGGCUUCGGCACCCACUGGGGUUUCUAGGCGCACGACUCGCAAAUUAGUAAAGCCGCUUGUUAAUGGUGCACGUUGUUAAUAAAAAAAAACCCACAAAUUUUUGUUGCAAGUAAAAAUUGGCAAAGCUUCCGUUUCGAGGUUGGGCCUGAAACCAGCGCAGGCUAAGCAAAAUGAAGCCUAACAAGCAAUAAACGCGCAAUUGUCCAAAA